AUGAAUCUUGAAAAGAAAUACUAUUCAAAUAUGAAUUCUAUGAAUGUCACAGAGGAAGAUGAAGUUGGAUAUUGCAAUAAGCGAUAUUCGAAAGUGGAAAGUGCAGAAUCCUAUGCAGCUUUAAUGGGAAAAGCUGGAAUUGAAAUUGAUAUUGAGGAACGGAGAAAUCAUAUAUUCAGGCAAUCGGCUGCACUUGCAGAAAGUGCCAAAGGUCAGAUUGUUGUCAAUGGCGGAUUGCUUAAUGAGGUUGUCAAUCUUGUUGAGGCACCUGUUCCGAUUCUUGGGGAAUUUAAUGAAUCCUUCUUAGAGCUUCCCAAAGACCUUUUAACAAUGGUUAUGCAGAAGCACCAAAAAUAUUUUUCCAUAGCCGAUCACAGUGGGAGGCUGUUGCCAUAUUUUAUUGCUGUGAGAAGUUCUUUGAAAUAUAGCAAUUUAUUUCGGUUGUAAUAUACAUUAAUAUUGUUUAUAUGAUAGUCCGGCCUGG